UGGACGAAAUAUUGUUCCAGGGAGCAAGGAUCCAGAGUUCGAGCUUGGAAGCGAAGGACCGCCGGCCACAAUGUCACCCCCACAGCCUCUUUCUCAUUCUCUUUGAGCAUGAGCUCGUCAUCUACUCGAUUUCACCUCUUUAAACUCCGCAAGAAACCCUAGAUUCGUCUCUCUCUCAACACACUCAAUUAUAUAUAUAUAUAUAUAUAUAUAUAUAUAUAUUUGUAUUCAAUUUCUAUCGACGUUUUGUAUAAAUUGUUCAGAACCCACAUGGAUGUAGCAGUCGAGGCCUCAUUUCUCAAUCGAUCCACAUACAGUUCGAAACCUCGUUCGUUUCUGGGUUUCUGUAACCGUCAGAUCAGAAUAUCAAAGGUUUAUUCGAGAAACCUGCGUUACCCUUCUCGAAUUCCAACCAGUUAUAGUGGUUCGUUUGCUCACAGAGACUUCUUGAAUUCGAAAUUCAAGGGAAAUGAGGUUUUUGAUGGUAGAGGCCGUUUGAGGUCAGUCGUAGUUGAAGGCAAUGAGAGUCAGAGUGUCAAAGACUCAAUUGUGCUUGUGAAUUUGGGUUUUUUUGAGGUUUUGGUAAAGCGAGGAUUCGUUUUGGCCGCAAUGGUUUGUGGGGUUUUGGUUUUCGGUUGCCGGAGAGUAUUCGCAGUCGAAAAUGUUGUGAAUGCUGGUUAUGGGGUUUUGGGGCAGAGUGUCUUGUCAUUGAGGAGUUGUUGGCCGAAGGUGGUGCAAGUUCUUCAGGUUUUUAAAGAGCAGGGUUUGGUUUUAGCUGCGCUUUUGGGUCUCUCUGCAUUCUUCUCCAUGGCCGAGACGGCAAUUACAACACUUUGGCCUUGGAAGGUGCGUGAGUUGGCUGAAAAAGAGUCCGAGAAUGGUGUUUUCAAAAUGCUUCGUAGUGAUGUUACACGGUUUCUGACAACUAUACUUAUUGGCACAACUGUGGUUAAUAUUGGAGCAACAGCGCUAGUCACUGAUGCUGCGACAGCUAUCUUUGGUGAAGCUGGUGUGAGUGCAGCAACUGGAGUAAUGACUGUUGCUGUUUUGCUCCUCACUGAAAUCACUCCAAAAAGUAUAGCUGUUCAUAAUGCCACGGAGGUUGCUAGGGUUGUGGUCAGGCCAGUGGCGUGGCUUUCCGUGGUGUUAUAUCCCGUCGGAAGAGUUGUUACAUAUCUAUCAAUGGGAAUGCUUAAAAUGCUCGGCUUGAAAGGAAGAAGUGAACCAUAUGUUACUGAAGAUGAAUUGAAGUUGAUGUUGCGAGGAGCAGAAUUGAGUGGGGCAAUAGAAGAGGAAGAACAGGAUAUGAUUGAAAAUGUGUUGGAAAUAAAAGACACUCAUGUUCGAGAGGUGAUGACACCUCUUGUUGAUGUUGUUGCCAUCGAUGCUAGCGCAACACUUGUUGAUUUCCACACCUUGUGGGUGACUCAUCAGUAUUCCAGGGUGCCUGUUUUUGAACAACGUGUUGAUAAUAUAGUGGGUAUUGCAUAUGCGAUGGAUCUUCUAGAUUAUGUUCGGAAGGGGCAACUACUAGAAACUUCUGUGGUGGGAGAUAUGGCACACAAACCUGCUUUCUUUGUGCCUGAUUCAAUGUCAGUCUGGAAUCUUCUUAGAGAAUUUCGCAUCAGGAAGGUCCACAUGGCUGUUGUUCUUAAUGAAUAUGGUGGAACUAUUGGAAUAGUAACUUUGGAAGAUGUGGUGGAGGAAAUCGUUGGUGAAAUCUUUGAUGAAAAUGAUUCAAAAGAGGAAAUUCAGAAAAAAACUGGUUAUAUUGUAAUGCGAGCAGAAGGAAUAUAUGAUGUGGAUGCAAAUACCUCGAUCGACCAGCUUUCUGAAGAUCUCGAUAUCAAAAUGCCAGAGGGUCAUCAGUAUGAGACGGUGUCGGGCUUCAUUUGUGAGGCAUUUGGAUAUAUCCCAAGAACAGGUGAGACCGUAAAAGUGAUACUUGAAAGGGCAAAUCCAGUGGAGCGUGAUGAAUAUACUGAAUCGGAAUCUGAUCGCCAAGAUCAGAAAGAAAAGCAACAAAUUUUUAAGCUCGAGAUUUUAGCAGGAAAUGCCAGAAAGGUUAGUGCCAUUCGAUUUGAAAGUGUUAACCCUGAUGAUGCAACAAUGGAGACCAAGGAAGUAACACGCUUAUUUCCCAAAAUCAUGAAAAGGAAAUGGAACAGCAAUGAUGAUCCGAAUAGGACUGGCUAUGAUGGUGUUCCAUUUGAAAAUGGAACAGAGGAUGAGCUCUCAGAUGGCCAUGUAAUUGAAUAUGAAGUUGGUCAUGAACAAGCCAGUCAACUGUAGUUACAUUACUCAGUUUUCCCAUUCUUAAAAAACCUACUAGGAGGUAAAAUAUUGUAAGCUUAGCAAAAAGGGGAUAAACAAAUGAACAUGUAAAUUUUUUUUAUAGACAGAUGUAUCAACAUCCGAGGCAUCUGGAGGGAGCGGAUCAUAGCAUGUGGUUGGAUUUGACUUGUUGAUAUUCAGAGAACAGUAGCUGUUGGAGUUUUCUCCUCUCAUCGUCUUUGCUCUAUAAGAUCGUCUGAUUGCUCUUGCAGAAGAGCAACGGAGGAAUGAAUGACGAAGGGGUCGCUGUUCUGCCUACUCAGUUGCAGUGCCUUGAACGGCAGUACCUGAAUAUGCUCCAAGAGGGUGGGUCAAUCAGCAGCUGAUCUGCAAUGUCCAAAAGAGAGAUUUUAUUCGGCUAAAAAAAAAACUUUCAAAUGAUAAAUGGUGAGAUCAUUUAUUUUUCGUUCUUCUUUUCUCUCCUCUGUGUAGCUCAGGGAGAAACAGGGAUGUGCGUAGAACAAUGAUUGGAAAGGGGAGUUUUUGGAGUUGUACUCUCUCUCU